GAAUAAUUCGAGUUUCCCGACCAUAGGCAGGCAGUGGGUACAAACUACCGCCCGGAACCAAAUGGAGUAAAGGGUAAACAGCCGCCGCCAUUUCAGCUUCCUCUUCGCCGCCGCAAUGAGCAACAGUAAGAGGAGAAUUAGAGCAUUCCAAAAAUGGAUGAACUGGAAAGGCAUAGAGUGCAGCGACGCCUUGGAGCUCGUCGAGGAGGGAUCCUCCAUGUUUGUCAGAGCGGUCGGCGAUCUACACGAAGGCGACGUGGUGGCAAAAAUCCCCAAGGAGAGCUGCUUGACGAUCAAAACUUCCGGUGCUCGGCGAGUGAUUGAGGAAGCCCAGCUUGACGGAUGCUUAGGCCUGGCUGUAGCUCUCAUGUAUGAACGGAGUCUUGGCCCACUUUCCCCUUGGUUUGGUUAUCUUCACCUCCUGCCCCAUUCCGAGCCUAUUCCCUUGCUCUGGCCACUCUCUGAAAUCAGCUCUCUUCUUGCUGGCACUGAACUCCACAAGAUAAUUAAAGAAGACAAGAUUCUCAUUCACGAGGACUGGAAAGAGUGCAUCCAACCUCUUUUGAGCAAUUCUUCCCUGAAGCUUAACCCAGCAUAUUUUGGCAUUGAAGAAUAUUUUGCUGCCAGAAGUCUUAUUGCAUCUAGAUCAUUUCAAAUUGAUGGUUACCAUGGAUUCGGGAUGGUUCCCCUUGCAGACCUUUUCAACCACAAGACUUGUGCUGAGGAUGUGCACUUCACAUCCAUAUCCUCCUACUCUGAUUCAGAUAGUGAUGUGGAUGAUAAGAAUAGUAACAAUGAGUACCAACAUGACAGUACUCACGAACCAACUAAUCAAAAUAUAUGUUCAGAAGGAGAAUAUUUGAGCGGGGGUGACUUAGAUUCUUCUUCAGUGGCAGGGGAUGAUCCUGCAGUUCUAGAAAUGAUCAUGGUAAAAAAUGUGAAAGUUGGAUAUGAGGUAUUUAAUACAUAUGGAUGCCUCGGCAAUGCUGCAUUGCUUCAUAGGUAUGGAUUCACAGAGCCAGAUAAUCCAUAUGAUAUUUUGAACAUAGACCUUGAACUGGUGCUUCAGUGGAGCUCUUCUGAGUUCUCAUCUCGCCACAGCCGGAGGAGGGUUUCACUGUGGAGGAAGCUGGCUUAUUCUGGAUGCGUCAGCCAAGACACUGAAUAUUUUGAAAUCUCAUUCCACGGCGAACCACAAACCGAGUUGAUAAUUUUGAUUUACUUAUUGUUGGUUUCAGAUGAAGUUUAUGAUGAGGCACAUCUUGCUGUGUCGACCACGUGCGAUGUUGGCAAAUCCUGGGAGCUCUUUUUAUCAACGAAAGGAGUUUCAUUUGACAAGGGAUUAUUAGAACUUGGUAACCGUUCGCUCCUCGACGUACGCGUUUGCAUGGCUCUUUUGUCGCUAGCGGAUAUGCGGGAGAGUUUAUAUGGUUCGGAGUCUCUGACUGAUGAUAUUAAUGCGCUGGGGGGGUGUUCUUGGCUGACCCAACCUAAACUGUAUCAUUCGCUAGUUCUGCGUAUAAGUGAGAGGAAGAUCAUUCAAAAGUUAAGAAACUAUGCUUCAGACCGCCAAGAAAGGUACUAAAGGAAGAAGGUAAAUACAAGAUAUAUGCAUGUAGAAUCAAUCAAGCCACCAGGUUGAAGUCUUGCUCUGCUGAUAUUCUUCUUAUAUGGCUCUUUAUUUAUUUUUGGUAAUGGAAGGAUUUACGUCUUGCUAUUCAAGCAAUGUUCUAAACAAUGCCAGGGGAGUGGGGUGUGAUAGAGAUGUAGUGUCUGUGGGCCUGUGCGGAGCAUAGGCGGGCCUUGGUUGGGCCAAUGCAGAAAUAAAUCUUUGCGACUAGCUCAAAGUGAUUUAUUGCCUUAACAUGCAUUCUAAUGUUUGGCAUUAUAAUCACUUCGAGAUUUCUACACAUUUAUUCUAAUGCCCCUCUUUUUUUUACGGUUCCUACUUUCGAGUCAAACUGAACAAAUUUUAAUUAUCAAU